GGCAUAAUAAUCACUUCACAUACGGAACUCCAAUAUUACUUGUCUCUGUUGAACCAACAAUUACCCAUCGAAAGCCAAUUCAUCAGUAAAUUGGCCGAUAAUUUGAAUGCGGAAAUAGUUUUAGGUACUGUUCGAAAUCGUGACGAGGCAGUACAAUGGUUAGGAUAUACAUACCUGUACAUAAGAAUGUUACGUAAUCCAACACUAUAUGGUAUCUCUCUGGAUCAAUUGGACGAAGAUCCCUAUCUUGAACAAAAACGAGUCGAUUUGAUACAUUCUGCAGCUUUACUGUUAGACAAAUCUAAUUUAAUAAAAUAUGACAAAAAGACUGGUAGAUUUCAGGUUACAGAAUUAGGUCGAAUUUCUUCACAUUUUUAUAUUACACAUACGUCAAUGGCAACCUAUAAUCAACAUCUGAAACCUAUGAUGGGUCAUAUCGAAUUGUUUCGAGUAUUUGCACUUUCUGACGAAUUUAAGUACAUACCGGUUCGUGAAGAGGAGAAGCUAGAGUUGUCAAAAUUAUUAGAACGUGUACCGGUCCCCGUUAAAGAAGGCAUUGAAGAGCCGACUUCUAAAAUAAAUGUUCUUUUGCAAGCCUACAUUUCACAACUCAAGCUGGAAGGUUUCGCCUUAGUUUCAGAUAUGGUUUAUGUUACCCAGUCAGCAAGUAGAAUUCUCCGAGCUAUGUUUGAAAUUUGUCUCAAGCGUGGUUGGUCACAAUUGUCGAGAAGGGCUUUAGAUUUAUGUAAGAUGGUAGAAAAACGCAUGUGGCUCUCAAUGUCACCUCUACGCCAGUUCAAACAAAUCUCAUCGGAGGUUAUCAAAAGAAUUGAAAAAAAAGAUUUUCCCUGGGAAAGAUACUUUGAUCUCAAUCCUCAAGAAAUAGGUGAACUUGUUGGUAUUCCAAAAGGUGGCAAAACUAUAUACAAAUACGUGCAUCAGUUUCCCAAACUAGAAUUGCAAACUUUCGUGCAACCUAUUACUAGGUCAUUAUUGAGAGUUGAGCUCAAAAUCACACCGGAUUUCCAAUGGGAAGAACAAGUUCAUGGGACAGGAGAAGCAUUCUGGGUAUUGGUUGAAGAUGUAGAUGGAGAAGUAAUUUUAUAUCAUGAUUCCUUUAUUCUCAAGCAAAAAUAUGCUGAGGAAGAUCACAUAAUAACAUUCACAGUCCCAUUGUUUGAGCCUCUUCCGCCUAACUACUUUAUAUCUGUAAUAGCUGAUCGAUGGUUACAUUGUGAAACAAAAUUGCCAAUCUCUUUCAGGCAUUUGAUACUGCCAAAAAAGUAUCCACCUCACACUGAAUUGCUUGAUUUGCAACCUUUACCCGUUACGGCCUUACGUAAUCGCGAGUACGAAGCCGUAUAUAGUGAAUGGGUUGAUAAGUUUAAUCCUAUUCAAACUCAAGUAUUCAAUGCAUUGUAUAAUUUAGAUGAUAAUGUGUUUGUCGGUGCUCCUACUGGAAGUGGAAAGACUGUAUGCGCCGAGUUUGCACUUCUUCGUUUGUGGUCGAGGCCAAACCAUGGAAGAUGUGUUUAUAUUGCACCAUUCCAAGAGGUUGUUGAUCUUCAAUUGAUCGAAUGGAGACAAAAAUUUGGUAAACUACAAGGUGGAAAAAAUAUAGUAUCGCUUACCGGGGAGACAAGUGCGGAUCUUAAAUUGUUAGAAAACGGUGACGUAAUUUUUGCAACACCUACUCAAUGGGAUGUUAUGUCUCGUCGAUGGAAACAACGAAAAGCCGUUCAGUCUGUAGCAUUGUUCAUUGCUGAUGAAUUACAUUUAAUAGGGAGCGAUGUGGGGCCAACUUACGAAAUUAUUGUAUCACGAAUGCGUUAUAUUGCUCAUCAAACAAAAAAUCCGAUUCGCAUUGUUUGUUUGAGUACAUCUCUAGCCAAUGCUCAAGAUCUUGGUGAAUGGAUAGGCGCAACACCACACACUAUUUUUAAUUUCCAUCCUAGUGUUCGCCCUGUACCUUUGGAGAUCCAUAUUCAGAGUUAUAAUAUUCCACAUUUUGCUUCAUUGAUGAUGGCGAUGGUCAAACCUACUUACGCCGCGAUUACUACAUAUUCAUCCGAUCGACCCGCUAUUGUAUUUGUACCGUCGCGGAAACAAUGUCGUCUAACUGCCGUUGAUUUGCUCACAUAUUGCGCAGCUGAUGGGGUAACAGAUCGCUUUUUACAUUUACAUUCUAAGGAUGUAGAAGGUCUAUUGGAAAAUGUCAAAGAUGAGGCUUUAGCUGAGACUCUCCGUCAUGGAGACAAGAGAGUUGUGGAACAAUUAUUUGAAAUCGGUGCAAUUCAAGUUGUUGUCGCGUCGCGCGACACUUGUUGGGGCUUGAAUCUGAGUUGUCAUAUGGUUGUCAUUAUGGGUACACAAUAUUUUGAAGGUAAAGAGCACCGAUAUGCAGAUUAUCCAAUAACGGAUGUACUUCAAAUGAUGGGUAGAGCUUGUAGGCCACGUCAAGAUGAUACAGGUCGUUGUGUAUUAAUGUGUCAGGCUAUCAAAAAAGAUUUUUAUAAAAAAUUCUUGUACGAAGCCUUGCCAGUAGAGUCACACUUAGAUCAUUUCUUACAUGAUCAUUUUAACGCAGAAAUAGUUACAAAAACUAUCGAAAAUAAACAAGACGCUGUAGACUAUCUUACAUGGACAUUUUUGUACCGUCGUAUGGUUGAAAAUCCAAAUUAUUAUGGUAUGCAAGGUUCAGAUCAUAGACAUUUAUCGGAUCACUUGUCAGAAUUAGUGGAAACAACAGUAAAUGACCUUGCAGCUUCAAAAUGUAUUAUGCUUGAAGAUGAAUUGGAGGUUUCACCACUUAAUUUGGGCAUGAUAGCAGCUUAUUAUAAUGUCAGCUACAUUACAAUUGAAAUGUUUAGCAUGAGUUUGAAUGAGAAAACAAAACUCAGGGGACUUUUAGAGAUUAUUUCUUCUGCUGCGGAAUUUGAAACUAUUCCUGUUAGGCAUCAUGAAGAUACUGUUCUCAAGAAAAUAUAUGAUCGUCUUCCUGUCAAGCUCGGUAAUCCUAAAUUUAAUUCCCCGCAUAUUAAAACAAAUAUUCUUUUACAAGCACAUUUUUCAAGAACACAAUUGCCACCAGACUUACAAUCUGAUCAAACUACUGUUUUGGGCAAGGUUAUUCCCUUAAUUCAAGCAGUUGUUGAUGUAAUAAGUUCCAAUGGAUGGCUAAAUCUUGCAUUGUCAGCCAUGGAACUAGCACGGAUGAAUGUUCAAGCAAUGUGGGAUAGAGACUCUCCAUUAAAACAGAUUCCAUAUUUUACCUCUGAAGUCAUUAAACGAUUCUUGCUUAUUUCAUUGAGGAUACAAAGCAUGGCAACAUUAGUUUUACCUAAUA